AUGUACAUUUUAAAAGAUGAAAAUGUCCCAAUUUACGCGAUGAUUGUGCGUUGGUUUUUCUUGUACCUAUUUAAAUCAAUUUUUUUGUUUUCAUCCAUGAAUGUUCGUUGUCUCCGAUUUAUUACUGUGGCGGGUGGCCUCUGGCCUAUAGUAUAGUAGUAUCGUAACAUAGGAUUUGGGAGGAGUGAAGUACGAUGUCCUAAUGUUAUAGGUCAAUGAUUACCGGCACGUCUCUGUUAUGUACCGAGGUACAUGUAAAAACCAUAGUGUUAAGGUCAUUUGUUUUUUCGUCUCGAUAAUAUGUUUUUAUUUUCUUUCCCAGUCGUUGAUAAAAAAACAGUACUCGGUAGGCUUUAACGUUUAUUUUUCCUGUGGUAGUGUGCCUACUAAGUAAUAAGUUCAUCAAUCAUCAGCCGUUUGACCACAGUAAUUACAAAAUUGUGCUCAGUUUGAGUUGUGAUCACUGAUUGGAGGGCUGUUGCUUGUCGCAUUCAUUUGACAACCGCUUAAACGUAAUUUUCAAACUAGUGAGCCAUCAUUAGUCGGUGUAUAUUUGACCGUGUAUACAGUCUGUGAAAAUGUGAAUUUGGCCCUCGGGGGAAAAAAGACACAAGAUUUCCAAUUUAUGGUAGAGUGGCUGUAAUUAUGAAGACUGAUUUGAGCAUCGAAAUGCCUGAUGGAAAAUUGAAGAAAUUUGGUUACAGAGCUUCAGUGACAUGCAAAGUUAUCAUUCGCAUAUUAUUUGUAAUUAUAAACAAUAUUUAUUGUAUUCCAACAUAUUGUAUUUGGAUGAUAAUUUUAUGCCCACUGCGAAAGCUUCAUCCAACUUUAUAUUGGAGACUUGAAGGUUUAUUUUUCCAUUGGCUAUUAGCAAUGGUUUCAAUGUGGUCAUGGUCAGCUGGAUAUGACAUUGUUGAGGUCGGUGAUGAUAUUCGAUUAUGUCUCAAUGACCGAACGUUAGUAUUAGUCAACCACCAAUCAACAGCAGAUGUCCCAAUGUUGAUGACAAAUUUUAAUUCAAAGGCUGGCGUACUUCCAAAUAUUAUGUGGAUAAUGGAUAGGAUAUUUAAAUUUACCAACUUUGGCAUUAUUUCUAUUAUACAUCAAGACUUCUUUAUUUUAUCGGGUAAAGAUCAGAGAGAUCGUGCAGUUAAAGAACUACGAGCUCAUAUUCGGACAUCAUACAUACCCCGUAAACGGAAUCUGAUAAUUCUUUUCCCAGAAGGUGGAUUUUUAAGAAAAAGACUAGAAUCGAGUCAGAGGUAUGCUCAAAAAAAUAAUUUGCCUCUAUUGGAACAUGUAACCUUACCAAGGUUAGGAGCAUUUUCAACAAUAAUUGAUGAACUAUCACCAAAACAACCCAAAUAUGGAGGAGUAACAAACAACAAUACUGAUUUCGAUGAAAAUACUGACAAGUUGACAUGGAUAUUGGAUGUAACAAUUGCGUAUCCUGAAGGUAAACCAUUAGACUUACCAACCAUUAUAAUGGGUCAACGAAGAGCUUGUCGCACUCAUAUGUACUACAGAUUGUUUCCUAGUUCAGUAGUUCCUAAAGAUCAAGAAGAAAUGACUAAAUGGUUGUUCGAUCGUUGGGAAGAAAAAGAGCGUCUCUUAGAAACUUUUUACUCUACAGGUGAAUUUCCAGGCAAUAAAGGCCGACAGUCAUCUGUCAUUCAACAGGAUUGUGUGCGUUUUCUAAUAUUGCACUUAUUUUUUAUUGCAUCGUCCUAUGCCCAUUACAGAAUAAUCAGCUAUUUGAUAAGUUUAGUUUGGUAAUUUUUGUGAUAAAAAAACUAUGUCACUGGUGUAUGCAGUUUCUGUAUAUAUAUAUGUAUAUAUAAUAUAUCUAUGUAUAUACUUAUGAUAUAAGACGAUGUAACGUUGGUAUCUAAACGAAAGGAAAAAAUGUGAUUGAACAUAUAUAUAUAUAUAGGGAUUGUAAAAAUUAUAAAACAUUUUUAUAAGUAACAAUAAUUUAAGGAAUUAACUUAAAAAUAUUUAACCAAAACACAUACUUAUUUAGUAACUGUGAUUUUGCUACAAAAACACCUGAGUUGUAUAAGUUAAGU